AUGAUAAUUAGAUUUAAAAUAAAUGAAAUAGAAUGUGAAGUAAAUGAAGAAAAAGAAGAUAUAACAAUAUUACAAGCGUGUACGGCAAAUGGAAUAGAAAUCCCACGAUUUUGUUAUCAUGAAAAGUUAACAAUAGCAGGAAAUUGUCGAAUGUGUUUAGUAUAUGUUACAAAUGAAGAAAAAUUAUUAGCCGCUUGUGGAAUACCGUUAGAUGAGAAUUUUGACGAUGAAAGUAUAGAAACGGAAAUAGAUGAAAUAUUAAAAGCAAGAGAAGGAGUAAUGGAAUUUUUAUUAAUAAAUCAUCCAUUAGAUUGUCCAAUUUGUGAUCAAGGAGGAGAAUGUGAUUUACAAGAGCAAACACUAGCGUAUGGAUUAGAUACUGGAAGAUUUUAUAUAAAAAAAAGAGCAGUAGAAAUAAAAACAUUUGGACGAUUAAUAAAAGGAAUAAUGACGAGAUGUAUUCAUUGUACACGAUGUGUAAGAUUUUUAACAGAAAUAGCAGGUGUAAAUGAAUUAGGAGUUUUAGGUAGAGGUUAUAAUAUGGAAAUAGGAACUUAUAAAAAAAAUGUAAUGAUUGAAAGUGAAUUAUCCGGAAAUAUCAUUGAUUUAUGUCCUGUAGGAGCAUUAACAUCCGCAGUUUAUGCCUAUAAAGGACGACCUUGGGAAUUAAAAAAUAUAAAAGGAAUCGAUAUCUUUGAUACUUUAUUAACACCAAUCAAUUAUCAAGUAAAAGGAGGAGAAAUCUUUAGGAUAUUACCAAGAAUAAAUGAUAGAAUCAAUGAAGAAUGGAUUACAGAUAAAGUAAGAUUUCAUUAUGAAAGUUAUAAAAUUAUCGAAAAAAUAAGAAAGGAAACACCAAGUUAUAAAAUACAAGCAAAUAAAUUUAUAGAAUUAACUUGGAAAACCGCAUUAAAAAUGGUAUUUAAAGUGUUAUUAAAUAAAAAAAAUAAAGUAGAUUUAAUAAUAGGAUCAAAAAUAAAUAGUACAAAUUUAAGAAUAUAUAAAGAAUUAAUGAAUCGAUUAGGAAGUAAAAAUUAUAUCACAGAAAAUGGUUUAAUGUUUAAAAAAUUUAAUUAUGAUUUAAGAGAAAAUUAUAUUAAUAGUAAUGAUUUAUAUAAUGUUGAUAAAAAUGAUUUAGUAUUAUUAUGUGGAAUAAAUUUACGAGUGGAAAGUCCUUUACUAAAUAUAAAAUUAAGAAAUGUAAAUUUUGGUGAUGAUGAAAUAGAAUCUGUAAAAAAAAUAGGAAUUAUUGGAAAUAAAUUUGAUUGGAAACACGAAAGUGAAUAUAUAGGAGCAACCUUAAAUAGUAUGUUAAAAUUAUUUGAAGGACGAUUACCUUAUUGUCAACAAAUAAAAAAAAGCAAAGCGCCUUUAAUUAUAGUAGGACCAAGUUUAUUAACUAGAAUUUCAUUAACAUUACAAGAAAUGCGAGCGAUUUUCAUGAAAGCAUGUAAUUUAAAACCAGAAAAUAUAUUAAUAAUAACACAAGGAGCAAAUUUUGGAAUGGCAUUAGAAGAAGGACUAUUUAAAGAAAAGUUUAGUAUAGGAGGAAAUGUCUUAUAUAGUAUAGAUAGUAAUGAAGUACAAGUAACAAAUAAAAUAAAUUAUGUAAUUUAUCAAGGAAUUAUAAAUGAUAAAUUUGAAAAUAAAAUCGAUUUAUAUUUACCAAGUAAACAUUAUUUUGAAGAUUUUGAAGGAGAUAGAGAAGUUUAUAUGAAUACUUUUGGACAACGAAGUGAAAUUGAGAAAUUAAGCAUAAGUAAAGGAAAUAAAAUAAAAGAAAAUAGCAUGAUUGGAUAUAUCCAAUUAAUGUAUUUAAAUAAUAAAGAAAUGACAAGAAAAGAAAAAGAACAAAAAGAUAUAAAACUAAGUUAUAGAGAAAUGAAAAAAGAAGAAAAAAGAAAAAUAAAAGUAAAUAAAUAUCUAACGAUAAAUAAUAUUAUAGAAAAUUAUUAUAUGACAGAUAUAAAUAUAAGAUUAAGUAAAAAUUUAAUGAUAACCGGACAAUUAAGAAAAGAAAAAAAAAUAAUGGAAGCAGGAAUUUGGAAAAAUAGAAAAUGUAUAUAG